AGUGAAAGUGAUAAGAUUGAUGAACUCAAUAGAAAAGAAAAAAAAAAGAAAACAAAUUGAAAAUGAAAAGCAGAAAGUCACAAAUGACGAAGCGAAAAUAACAGGAAGAGAAGUAAACCAAAGUGAAGUUAACAAGUAAGCAUCGUUUUCUAUCUUCUCCCAUUCAUCAUUCAUUCAUUCCCCAAAGAACGAAACCUAACCGUAAGCAACGCUUUCUCUUUGCAUCUUCAAAAAUAGUUCUCGUUUUCGUAAUUAGGGUUUUCAAUUAGGGUUGUUGAUUUCAAAAACAAUCCAUAAACGAUGAACAACAACAGUAAUCAACCUAAGAAUACAGCGGCGCCACCGUCGUUUUUGAGCAAUUCAUCGAUUCCGGUUAAUCCCCAACCAAUUCAUCUUCUCACUCAUUCUCAGCCACAAAUGCAAGGUGCUUCAUCUUCUCCUUUCCCCGGUCAUUUUCAGCUAUCUCAACCUCAAAACCAUGUAAUUUCACAACAACAACCACAACCGCAAUUUGCAAACCCUCGUGCUCACCCUCAAACGCAGCAACAACAACAGUAUCAACCGCAGCAACAGUAUCAACAGCAACAACAGUAUCAACCACAAAAGCCUUUUAACCAAAUGAGUAAUAACACCAACAGUAAUGUGGCUUCUCCUGCACCUGCGACAAAUACUACAACUUCAUCUGCCAAGCGGUCGCAUCAUAAGCAGGGUUCGCGCCCUCAGGGUUCUCCAAGUGGUAAUCAAACCUCUGCCUUUAAAACUAUGGAGUUAACUCCUGCUCCUUUGAGGAAAAAGAGGAAUUUACCUGAUAAUUUGAUACCUGAAAAGGUGGCUAAGCUUGUUCCUGAAUCUGUGCUUUAUACUCGGUUACUUGAACUUGAGGCUCAGAUAGAUGCGGCUUUGAAUAGGAAAAAGAUUGAUGUGCAGGAGGCGGUUAAAAGUCCUCCUUCGUUUAGGAAAACUCUUCGUGUUUAUGUGUAUAAUACAUUUUCGAAUCAGACCAAGUUGGAUGGUGAUGUUGAGGAGCCGUCUUGGUCACUCAGGAUAACUGGGAGGAUAUUGGAAGGAGAUGGUAAGGAUCCCGUGGUGGAAGGGAUUAUGAAAAGGGAAAAACAUUUGUACCCAAAGUUUUCGGCUUUCUUUAAGAAAGUUACGGUCUAUUUGGAUCAGGGGUUCUACCCGGAGAAUCAUGUCAUUGUAUGGGAUAGUGCUCGGUCGUCUGCCCAACAGGAUGGUUUUGAGGUAAAGAGGAAAGGAGACAAAGAAUUCACUGCGGUUAUUAGGUUAGGAGUGAAUUACUCGCCGGAGAAGUUUAUGGUUUCGGCACCGUUGUCUAAAGUUUUAGGGAUUGAGUUUGAUACUCGCCCUAGGAUAAUGGCUGCUCUUUGGAACUAUGUGAAGUUCAGGAAACUGCAGAGCCCGAAUGACCCUUCAUUCUUCAUGUGUGAUGCUUCCCUCCAAAAAGUGUUUGGGGAAGAAAAAAUGAAAUUCUCCAUGGCUUCACAGAAGAUAUCACAGCAUUUGUCACAACCGCAGCCUAUACACCUGGAGCAUAAAAUCAAGCUUUCUGGAAAUUGUCCAGCCGGAACUGCAUGUUAUGAUGUGCAGGUUGAUGUGCCUCUUCCACUAGAGAAAGAUAUGUCUUCAUUCUUAACAAGUAUGGAGAAGCACAAAGAGAUUGAUGCUUUUGAUGAAGUGAUUUGUUCUUCUGUAAAGAAGAUUCAUGAUCAUCUUAAGAGACGAGCUUUCCUUCUUGGUUUUAGUCAAUCUCCAGCAGAGUUUAUUAAUACAUUGAUUGCUUCUCAGAGCAAGGAUCUAAAGUUGCUUGCUGGAGAUGCCAGUCAUAAUGCUGAAAAUGAACAACGGUCUGAAUUCUACAAUCAACCAUGGGUUGAGGAUGCUGUAAUUCGCUAUCUGAACAGGAAAAGUGCUCGAACUGAUGCUCCAUGAAGAUUUGAUGGAAAAUCGACCAGUCUUGUUCUGUCGUACAUUUUUUGAAUUAAGUAGAUUGACUCAAGUUUCUGAUUACCCAUGGCCAUGGGUUGUUGUUGGAGUCCCUUAACCAUAUUUGUAUCCAUUGAUUCUCAUCUACUCUUAUCUCCAAUUACCCAGUGGUAAAUACUAACAGUUAGCUAAUUUCUUGUGUCACAUCAAUUACUAUAGUUGUAAUGGUAUUGUUGAAUGUUACAGCAUAUUUAAUGGAGAUAUGAAUAUGAUAGAGUUUCAUAUCAAGAUAAAUUCAUAUAUAUUUUUUCUAUUGGAGGAAUCUUAGGUUGCAGAGUGAGUGAGUUGCAUAUAAAUUGUUGAAAUAUCUUAUUUAAGAUAAGUUUAGAUCAAAUGUGUCUCCAUGUUCUUUUA